AUGUCUGAAACAUCGCAGAAUGGUGUUAGCAAUGGAGAUGUCGAUUGGCUAUUCCGUGGGAAACAGGGAAAGAAACUUGCUAAAAGAGCCACCGAUAUCAAAUCUUCCGAGCUGGUAAAGAAGAGCCUUGGCUUGAAUGAUAAAGUUGAGAAUUUUUCCAUCCAGAUUCCUGGAGUUUCUGCUUCAAAAGAACCCAUGGCGGGUUUCACAAAGGUGGACUCUGAGCCCAAGUCGGCACCUAGAGGGAUCAUUAAAAGUAAGACCGACCUUACGUCUUCUAGACAGGAAGCACAGCAUGAUGGUAGUACCAGACGAAGAUCGUUGUCUACCGGUACUGUUCAACAACUUCCUACUGAGCCCAGGAAUAUGCCUGUUCCUAACAGAUCUACUAGUAGUGGAGGUGAAGGUUUAUCCCGAUGUUCUUCCACUGGUAAGAAGUCGUUAUUUUCAUCGCUAUCAUCAAAACUAAAAGCCGGGCAAACAGUCGGUAGCAAUUCUACCAGUUCAUUGGAUAAAGGCAUUUUUGGAAGACGAAAAAGAGGAGCCGAGAAGUCCGAUAAAUCUCCUUUGUCAACACCGUCCACUCCUUCAAUUUCAACUUCACCAACGAGUGAGACCGGUUUAGCUCAUUUAACACGGCUGGAAACCUCGGAAAAGCUCCCUAACGCUGGUGCUUUGUCCACAGUUUCAUUGAAAAGAGUAACAUUUGCUGUUCAAAAGCUGCAAGAUGAUCCACAACAGCAGAUUCCUUCAAGAAAACCCAGAAGAGGAAAUGUAUUGGUUCCAAAUGAUCUUGUAGGAGGCAUUCCAAAAUUGAACAUUGGAAUCAGUCUGAGUACUGAUGAACAUUCGAAAGUUGACGAAAGAGAGCUGAAGCUCGCUGUUGAAAGUCGUGAAAAGGCUUGCAAAGAAUCUGAAAAACAUGCAUUGGAAGCUCAUCAUUCUGCUCGGCAGCUUGCCAAAGAAACCGCUUCAUAUCUGAAUAGCUCAAAAACAUCCAAAGGAUUUUCAUCCCAACAAGAUCCUAAAGUCCCAUUUUCAGUGUCAUCCCCUCCUACUCAUGUGGCAAUCGAUAGUCCGAUUCAUCAACACGUAGAUUACUUCCAAAAGCAGAAGAAGGAAUCUGAGAAGAGUGAGGAACCAACUUUGGAACUGAUAUAUACAAGAUGUUGUCAUUUGAGGGAAAUCCUUCCUAUCCCGGCGACUCUGAAACAGCUGGCCAAUAAAUCCGCUCCUUUACAAGUUCUGAAACUUUUAAAUCCAAAGCCUACAUUGAUUGAUGUUCUAUCUUUUUCGGAUUUUUUAGCCAUAACCCCCAUCACAACGGUCAUAUUGGACAAUGUGUUUUUAACUCACCAGAUGUUAAAAGUCAUUCUUUCUAGUUUGGUCAACUCUCGAUGGCUAGAAAAAUUGUCUCUUCGAAAUGUCCCGAUUAACGAGGAAGGAUGGCUCUUCUUAUCCAAGUUUUUGAUGAAUAACAAAUCCAUAACCAAGCUUGAUCUUUCGCAACAAAAAAUCAAAUCUGAACUUUCGAAAACACAUAGCAGAAGUAAACGAAACUGGAAACUGUUAACAGAUGCUCUUUCUGUUCGAGGUGGCAUCUGUGAGCUCGUUAUCAAUGGAUGUAACCUAACCUUUCCUGAUUUUGAUUAUUUGUUGACGAACGGGGUGUCUUUAUCGACCUUACGUUUGGGUGUCGCCAACGCCGGACUAAAUCUAGAAAAAAUGGAUGUGCUAUGUCGUUGGAUUUCUCAACCUACUUCCACGUGCUGUGGAAUUGAUUUAGGUUUCAACGACUUUAGUACGUUGGAAUUGGUACAACCAUUGAUUGAUGUUUUCACUGCUAAAAAGGCUACAAAGCUAAACUUUCUAUCCUUAAACUCCACAAAUUUGACUCCUGAAAUUGCGAAUAGAUUCAUUGAAUCAUUAGUAAAUGUGGAGUCAUUACGAUUUCUUGAUCUAAGUGGAAAUCCGAAGAUCUUCCCCAAGGUGAUUCCAACGUUAACUCAGUAUCUUCCCAAGUACAAAAGCCUGCGUAGAGUUCAUUUUGAAUUAGCUGACCUAACUUCGGACGAAGUUAUUGCCAUUUCAAGCGCCUUCCCGGAUUGCAAAGAAUUGAUUCAUGUUUCGUUCUUGGGUAAUCCUGAAGCUCAUGAUUAUGCCACUAUAGCCACCUUAUACACAGCCAUUAGAAGAUCUAAUAUCCACACUUUGGACAUUGAAUUCGAUCAAAUUGAGGACGAGGAACUGACUUCUAAAAUUGCUAUCUAUAUGAUGAUUAACAUGCAAAAGUCAAUCAACAAGGAUUUCAACCUCAAAUUUGAAGAUGACAUAUUCUUCGACGCUUCGAUAUUGACAAAAACUGCAGAAAAAUUGUUGAACAAAGAUGGCUCUUCUUCUGCAAGUGAGAAAUCCUUAUUAACCCAGGAAUCUAAGAUUGCUGGUUUCCUUCAAUCAACAGAAUACCUUCAAAAACAACUCCAUUCUCGUAUUGACGAACUUUUUGAAAAGAGACUACAGGGAAAAAUAUCGCUGGAAGACAAGGAAACGUUGCUACGAUUAUGUUUAUUGGACAAUUCUUUGGAGAAAGUGCUCAACCUAUUGGAUGAGAAUAGAGCACUGGAAAAAAUACCUUCUAAUAGCAAUGACCGAUCUUCGGCUGCAAAGACAGACGCGGUUGCUUCAGCUGUUAUUCAAUCAGGUCCAAUCCUUUCGCCGCACCUUCAUUAUGCAGAAUCGAAAGAACCUGGUUACUUUAGCGCCACUCAGUCAUUCGAUGCUGAAGCACCUCAUAAUGUGGUUAUUGACACUACUCAGGAUGGCCUGAACGUUCCUGUAGAUAGUAGCACUGGAAAACCAGUACUGAUGAGAAGAUCAAGCUCCUAUUCCACCCAAGGAAAACUACAAGAGGAAGAGGAAGGUGAGUUCCAUAAAUGGGGAUUCUUUGUGCAACAACAGAAUGCCCAGCUGCCAACCUCAAAUCCAUUUGAUGAUGUGGCGAAGCUGAAACUGGAGGAUAAUAGUGCAAUUGUAGACGAAGACAGUAAGAGUCAGUUACCUGAAGAUGUAUCAAUCAAAACUCCAAACGGAAAUGCUUGGGUGCCAAUUUCAGGGAAGAUUCCCUCCGGAUCUCAGUUGAAGGCAGCCCUACUCAAACUUAAAGGUAUUGAAAGUAUUGACGAACUCAUUGAGAGAAUAAACAGUGAAAAUCAAGAAUUAGAGACGAUUUAUAAACUGGUUAGUAAUGCUCAACGUGAACCACAACCAGAGUUAUUAUCACCCAGUGCAUCCCAAAGUAACAUAGCCAGCCAAAAAACAGCUUCUGCCAACAUGAUGGAUUCACAAGAGUCUAUGAAUAAAUCUGAAGUUGAUGAAUCCAGCUCAGCAGAACCACGUUUGAAUCCUGAGGAUGAGGAAGCUGUCGAUAAGGCAUACGAUAAGUUAUUAGAAGAGGUUGUCAGAGAUCGUACCAAAACUAAAUAG